ACUUGCAGCCUGGCUGUUUCUUCCUGGCACUGCAGCCAGACUGACUAGAGCAGGAGGAAGAAGGAUCCAGCACUAAGGAGACCCCCCUUCUAUUCAUCACCAUCAGUUUGACUCAGUUCAACCUGAAAGCCCACCCAGCCACACAUAACACAAUUUUGAUUGCCUGCUCCGUCUGAGACAUCACACAUUAGCUUGCAGGGCACUGGUCGAUGAGCUACUGUAUGACAUUAAGAAGGUGAAUCGGAAGAGGACCAUUGACGUGGGGUCAUUCCGAAUAAGUCCUGAUGGGACACAAGAGAGGAGUAAGGUAACAUUUUCAAAAGAGGGACUGAGGACCCAAAGGGCUUUGUCUAAACAGCAGGUUAGUGCGUGGCCAGCCAGGGUGUGAAUCUACAACGCACUAGCCCACCAUGUGGACCCUUCCUCCAUGCACGGUUCCUUUAGCAAAGUCAGAGACCUACUUAACGGAAGUAUUGGAAAAUAUAUGUGAUAGAAUGAAUGAUUACCAACUGCAAGUGGAUCCUCAAACCCAAAAAAGGACGUUCAAGAGAUUUGCUCCUAGGAAAGAUGAGAAAAUCUAUGCAGAUUUAAAAAAAUUCUAUUUUUAUUCUGAUGCUUACAAACCUUUGAAAUUUGCGUGUGAAAGUAUUAUAGAAGAGUAUGAAGAUGAAAUUUUCUCACUUAUCGCCCAGGAGGCAGACUAUCUAGCUGACAAGCUGUGCAGUGAAAAAUCAGGUCUUUGUGAAGAAUCUGCUACUCACACUGAGCUAUAGCGUCGAUAAACUAUGAAUUUUACAGAGUCAAGUAAGAUGACAACCACAAAACAAUCUUCCCGUGUAAUCAAAUAGUGAUUCUCUGCCUUUUUUGCCCCUGUAAUAUCUUUUGUUUUUUACAUUUAUAUUUUUACAUGUGCGUAAGUUUCUCUUUGUUUAUUUUCUUUUAUGUUUUCAUAUUAAAAUAUUGAAACUGAAGUUUGCUUGGUUUUGGCAAGGAUCUUAGGUUUAACAUGUAAUUAAUUAUUGACCAUUUCUAUAGGUAAAACAAUUAACGUCUCAAGAUAUUCAUGCCAGGUGUGUUAAUUUUGACAAAACCAAUAUCUGAUUGUAAAAAAAAAAA